AUGGAUGUAUCUGACCCUGAUCAGACCCCUUUUACAGCCGUGACGGCGCACACUUCACGGUUGACGAGACGAUACCAAGCUUAUCUUGAUGCCGUAACCCCUUACGCCGCCUACCGAUGGAUAGGAACCGGAGUUUUGCUUGCUAUCUUUUUCCUGAGAAUCAUCAUGGCACAAGGCUGGUAUAUCGUGGCAUAUACCCUUGGAAUCUAUCUCUUGAACCUCUUCCUGGCCUUUCUACAACCAAAGUUCGACCCAUCUCUCACUCAGGACGAGGGCCUGGAGGAAGGCGAAGACCAAAACACGCUCCCGACCAAACAGGACGACGAGUUCCGCCCGUUUAUCCGGCGACUCCCCGAGUUCAAAUUCUGGCAUUCGGCUACGAGGGCAAUUGCAAUCGGAUUCCUUUGUUCUUGGUCUGAAAUAUUCAAUAUUCCCGUCUUCUGGCCCGUUCUGGUGGUUUACUGGUUGUUACUUUUCAGUUUAACGAUGCGACGACAGAUCCAACAUAUGAUCAAGUACCGCUAUGUCCCUUUCACGUUCGGGAAGACUAGAUACGGCAGCAGCUGA